AUGAGGAGCCGCGGCGGGCGGCGGCAGUGAAUGGGCGUCGCGGCGGAGCGGGAGGAGCCGGAGCCGCAGCCGCCGCGAUGGCUCAGGAGAAAAUGGAGCUGGACCUGGAGCUGCCGCCGGGGAGCGCCGCGGCCCCGAGCGACGGCGGCGGGCUGAGGAGAUCCAACAGCGCCCCCCUCAUCCACGGGCUCAGUGAUAGCUCCCAGGUUUUUCAGCCUUACGUGUUGCGAACUCGCAGGAACAGCACAACAGUUACCAGCCGGCACAGCAUGUUGCUGUCAUCAUCUCCUAUUCGUAUUCCUAGUAGUCGACUUCAUCAGAUCAGAAGGGAGGAAGGAGUGGAUUUAAUGAACAGAGAAACAGCGCAUGAAAGGGAAGUGCAAACAGCAAUGCAGAUAAGCCAAUCAUGGGAGGAGAGCUUGAGCCUGAGUGACAAUGACUUGGACAAGUCUGAGAAAUCUUCCUCCCCAAAGAGAAUUGACUUCAUUCCAGUUUCGCCUGCACCCUCGCCUACAAGAGGAAUAGGAAAGCAAUGUUUUUCACCGUCAUUGCAAAUGUUUGUGAGCAGCAAUGGAUUACCUCCAAGUCCUAUUCCCAGUCCAACAAGGCGAUUCUCCAACAGGAGGAGUCAAAGUCCAAUCAACUGUAUCAGGCCCAGUGUUCUCGGCCCCAUUAAAAGGAAAGGUGAAAUGGAAACUGAAAGUCAGCCAAAGAGACUUUUUCAAGGAACAACCAACAUGCUUUCUCCAGAUGUUACACAUCUGACGGAUCUCAGUUCAUGCCUGUCUUCAGAUAUUCUUGAUGGGAGUAGCAGCAGUGUUGGCUCUUCCUCUGAUUCACUGACUAAAGGCAGCAUAACCACUGAGUCGCCAGUUACAUGCUCAAACUCAUGCUCUUCAUUCAUUUUGAUGGAUGAUCUCUCACCUAAGUGACUUAAUCAGUUCUGAGUCAGUGUUUGGCCGUGCUGUUCCCUUGCUGUACAGAGAAAUGAACUCUGAUCCUUGAACCAUUAAUAUGAGGAUUGUUAAAUGGAAAAUUAGUGUAACUGUAAUCCUUGGAAACUUUCCAGUGAUUUUGAUUUAUCCAUUUAAUGGACAUUGUAGACCAUAUUAAUGUCUGGUUUUGCUGAUUUUAUUUUUUAAACAAAUGUCUGCUCAGAUUAUACUAACUUUUUGCUUUUGAGAACUUGCAUACACUUCUUAUUCUGAGAUAGGUAUCUACCUAUUAGUGUUGCAAUAUUGAGAAAAAUACUUCUAUCGUUAUCGUGGUCGCUGUGUCUAGGGAAAUAAUUUGGUUCUGAAGGAUUUGAAAAUACUAAUUUAUUUUCUGGCUCUUCAACCAGUAAGUAAAACUAUUUUCCUGACUUUUUUUUUUUUUAAAUUCAGGCACUAGCCUCAAGUUCUUUGCAGAAGGGAGAAGAAAGAUGUUAACGCUGCUAGUAAUUUUCAUUACAGGAGAGCAUGGUGGGUCUGGAAAUCUCACCUUUACAUUACAAAAACCAAGAAAAUAGUGAAUGACUGUCACUUUUGCUGGCAGUGAAGAAAUAACAGUAUAAAUGAACGUGAUUAAAAUAGCUGCACAGUUCUCUCCCCACGCUCUUCAUCCUAUGGAUUAUAUGAAAUAAGGUCAAUAUUUAGCAACAUUUGGCCAAGGAGAAUUAAUCCAUGCCUCGAUCUAAGACAUACCAUGCAGAUAACUAAGUUAUUAAAACUACUGUGUAGGAGAACAUGUAUGGCACCAUCAAUGUCUCCUGUGGCAUUGAGGUCAUAGGUAUUUUUGUGCCUUAGGGGACAUUGUUACAAAAUUAUGGAAUGUAAACCGGAGGGGUGGGUGGGAAACGUCCUUUGUGUACAGCUUGUUGAUAGCGUGCUUACCAGAAUCUGUCAUCAGUGCUGCUUUCUUAGUGUUCCUUUCCAAGGAAAGUGCUCCGUUGCGAGGUGCUGUGGGCAAUCCCAACGAGCUGGCAGCCUGUGCAGUAACUUUGGAAGCUGCUGCAUUCAGCGCUUAUGCCUUUGUAACGAGCAGGGCAGAUGGCGAAGUGAACGUUGGAUUUCUAACAGAAGACUUCAAAGCUGAGGUUGAGUGGAAGCUCUGCAGGUUUGUUUGGCUUAGGAGUUACGUUGGAGCCGUGACUCGUCGUGAUACAGUACUUUGGUCAGUCUGAAGUAAGACAACAGAGAAUUUACUUUUUAAAGACUUUAACGGGGCAAAAUAAAUCUGUUUGUAAUCUACUGUGUUAUGCUAUUUAUUAUUUAUAACUCUGUAAAAAGUCUGUGGUGAUGAAUUAUAGUAUUUUUUUAUGAUUGAAUAAGUUUUUUAUGUUCAGUACUUGCUGGCUGGUUUGUAUUUAAUACGCAACGUUGUCUGCCAGAACCAUAAGCUUCCAUUUCUGAAUGUUUGUAACAUAAAUGCUUUUGUUAUCUCUAAGUACAACUUCUGAUCUUUUUUGAAAGAAAAUAGCACUGACUUUAAAGUGAGAUAACGUGCUUCAAAAGUGGGCACAAUGUCUGGCAAUACUGUCUGGCUAAAAGGGACAGGAAGAGAUCCAUCGUCCCUUCUGUUCUGAAGAAGCUGUUGAGUUUGCAGAAGGUGUGUACCUACCACAUUAUUUCUAACAGUGUUCUCAUUCAAUUGUAAGAAGUACCGUGAUGGGCCAACGGCAGCACUGUUCUUUGUGUUACCAUUUUCACCUGUGGAGCGUUAGUUCCCCGCCUCCAAUAAAUGUGCAUAUUGUAAUAUAUUGUCCUUUGGUGCCAUUUUUAAAUGAGCUCUGCAGUACGGAAUGUUAAUUUUAUUUGUAUAUGCCCAGUGCUAUUUCUUCAAUUUUGGAUGUCUUAAAUUGCUUAAUUAUUUUUUUAUUCAUGCUUGUAUCUUCUCUGCCUUCUUGUUGCUGAAGAGGGCUGCUUUUACAUUUGCAAAACUGUCGAUAAACGGUCUGUGAUGAAAUUCAACCUGUUACCUGUGCCCCACUUUGGUUAUACUGUGCUUUACUGGUUCUGUGAUCUAGAAACCCGGGCAAAGGGUGGCAGAGGGGGGGAACUAUUGCAUGCUUUCUUAAAUCAGAAGAGCAUAGCUGUCGCUUAUUUUGGGCUGACUUACCUGUACAAUUGAUGUAUUCCAGAUUUGUUUGUUAGUGGAGAGUCCUAUAGAAGUGCUGGCCUUUGUAAACGUUAGAAUGUAAGCUUCAUAAAGCAAACGCACAAAUAUUGACUCUUGUUACAGCAUCUUUUUAGCGUUCUGGCUAUUCUCCACUCUUCAGAAGGCAUUGCUCUUUUAUAAAAUAUAUAUACAAUACACACGUGCUUUGUCUGUUGUUUCAGAAUGAAGUGUCUUACUGUAAUUGUAACAGGUCCCCUCUGGGACUGCGUUCUGAUCCGUACCCAGCUGUAAUGCUAUUUGUUUGUGUUAGAACUGACUGGGGGAAGGCUUCUACUCUAGCAGCUGAUGUUUGCACUUUGCAUGUGAGUUUCUGCUGCUUACGGAAUCAGCCUUGAUUGCAGUGGAAAGGUUAGGACAGGGCGCUCCGCAUACGCCGACUGCAAGUUGGAGCUGAGGAUUUAUUAACUGCCUGGUGUGUAAUGAAUUAGAUAGCACGUCGGGGAGGAGCACCAGCUGGUGCCGGGAGGCAGCUUUAACAGAUAACCACUAACAGCACUGACUUCAACAUUGUGCUGAAUUGCUGUAACGAACAUCUGAGAAUUCCUGCCUUUCCUCACCCUCUUUAUUUAUUUGUUUUUGAAAUGAGAAACCAUUGAUGCAGACCUAUUGCUGAGAAUCGUCCGUGGUCAAAUGCUUCUAACUUUGUGACCGUGGAGAAGUGCAAAUAGCAGCCAACACCAAUGCUGUUUAAGCAACCUUUUUGAUGGAGUGCUUUCAGUGUGUGAAUUAGCUGCCGUUAGCUUUUACCUGAAGUACCCUUGACUCCUCAUUCAGCAGCCUUACAUGCUGGAAGGCUUUUACCAGUGGUUUAGACCAUAUAUAUAUAUGUCAGCUGUGGAACUCUGUUUUGAUGAUAUCAAAUGUUCUGAAAUGGGUCACAGUAUGGGUGUUUCAUUUAAUUCAUUGCAUUUCAGAUUGGGGAUCACAGGCCCAAAAGGCUUUAUUUAAGGGGCUGUUUUUCUGACUGCGUGUGAUUAAAUACUUUCUCCUGCAAUGAAAGUAAUUAAACUGUCUGUGAGGAUGUAAAUCUGAGUCCUGCAGGCUUUAUUGGAAAGCUCAUUCUUGCGAUGUCCAAGGAAAGUUGGACUGUGUAGAAACACUGAGGUCCAUAUUUGAAAAAAUUCCUGAAAAUGCUCAUUGUAACAACUUGAAAUGCUGGAAGUGUUCCAAAUGCACAGCCUGGAGUUGGCAGGUUUCUCCAGGCAGAGCCUUGGUGGGGGCUGUAUGCAGAGGCUAACUUGAACACAUGUAGAUUCAGGACUUAACUGUGCUGGUGCACUGCAACAGACACAUCUUGGGAGGGGAUCUUUUGCCAAUGACUGCAGACCCAAAUGUUACACUGUGUGACAGUGAAGAUGAGAACUUGUUUUUCCUGGAGGAAUUUCAUCCACAUACAGUCUUCCUGGUAACUUUGUAACAAAAAAAAAAAGCUUUGCAUUAAUAUUUGUUCAGAUAUUUCAUGAAGUAAUGGGACUAAAGUCCAAUAAAUAUUUUUGGUGCUG